CAUUCAACUAGAAGCUGCACAGAAAGGGAGAAGAGAUGGAUCCUUCUACUAGCCAGCAACACUCAAGUACCCAGGAUGAUUUGUCUGAGGCCUUAAAAGAGACAACAAAGGAAGUGCACGUUCAGGCAGAAAACACAGAAUUCAUGAGGAACUUCCAAAAAGGACAAGUUUCCCUAGAGGAGUUUAAGCUGGUUAUGUCAUCGUUGUACUUCAUCUACGAUGCUCUGGAGGAAGAGAUUAACAGAAAUAAGGAUAAUCCAGUCUUUUCUCCUGUUUAUUUCCCACUGGAACUCCAUCGUAAGAAUGCGCUAGAGGAAGACCUUGAGUAUUUCUAUGGUCCGCAGUGGAGGAAAAAGAUUAUUUGUCCUCAUUCAAUAAAGAACUAUGUUGACAGACUUCACCAUGUUGGCCAAAAGGAGCCAGAGUUACUUGUGUCUCAUGCGUAUACCCGUUAUUUAGGAGACCUCUCAGGUGGACAGGUUCUUAAAAAAAUUGCACAAAAGGCCCUGCAGCUUCCAGCCAGUGGUGAAGGUUUAGCAUUCUUUACCUUUGACAAUGUCACUAAUGCAACUAAAUUCAAACAGCUCUACCGUUCCCGUAUGAACUCCAUUGAAACAAAUACAGAUACUAAGAAAAGGAUAUUAGAGGAGGCCAAAACAGCAUUCCUGCUUAAUAUCAAGGUGUUUGAAGAACUGCAGACCCUAUCACUAGCAUCUUCUCAGAUUGGUAACACCAGGACUGAUGCAACAGAAUUACGAAGCAGAGGACCCAAGACAGAAAAUGGUAGACCUGCAAAGACAGAAAACAAAGGUUCCUCAGAGGAGCAGUCCACAACAUUACUUCGCUGGGUUCUUGUUGCUGGCUGUGCACUCAUCACUCUAAUGGGACUAUAUAUUUUCUAAGAAAAUGGCUCAUAUCAACAGUUUUUACUCUUUACACAAGGUCCAGGAUUUUAAAUACAUUUCAAGUGUGAAGACACUUCAGUUUCAAGAUUAUAAACACGACUUGACUAACAAUAUUCAGAUAGAGGGUGUGUUAUAUGCCUUGCUGUCUAUAACACUUAUAUCGGACUCAUAUACGUGGGCUAUCUUUGGAUUCCUACAAUACAAUUAACUCAAGUGCUACUGAUUAUUCUAUGGAUACCUUAUCUCAUAUCAACUACAGAUCUCUGGUUUGUAUUAAGCACUUAUUUAGCUUACAGUUACUGUAUAGGGAUGCAUGGUUCCUACUUCUAAGUAAACAAGCAGGGCAUUAUUGAAUUAGUGUGGAAGUAGUACACAAGGUGCUUCUAAUACUUGUAAUGGUUUGCUUUAUUGAUUCUGUUGUAUGAAACACCACUUUGCAAAGAAAAUGAUUUUUUCGGAGUUUUCACUUCAAACCUCCGAUUUUUGUCCGAAACCUCCAAAAACGUCAGGGUUUGGCACAAAACCCAGCGCACAUCAAAUGGGAAUUCUCCCAUUGUCUUAUAUGCAACCUCGACAGGUCUGAGAUGCCGGGAUUUACGAUCCUGAGUUUUCCAGCCUUGGGGUUUAAUAAAUUUCGAAAAAUUAAUAAUUUUUUAAAAGCCAGAUUUUAUAAAAAAAAAUCACACAUUUUUCAUGAUUUUUGCAUUCGAGGCUUAGUAAAUAACCCCCCUAUAGUUAAAAAAGAGAGAAUAUGGCUCUAUAUACAUGUAGAGGCACAACAAAAAUGAAGCAUAGCCUGAUCCAGUGAUUAGGGCUAGAUUCUAACAUCACAAACAACCUGGCACUCUAUGAAGACAAAAUACGAAUUUUACUGUACAAGUUAACAUGUAAUUAUUCCAAGAGAGCUUGUAACACUCAUGUGGCCUGUUUAUUCUGUCAGUUACAGCUUCCUUUUCUAUUUUGGUUUGCACUUUAACCAAAAUAAAAAAAAAUCAUCUGUUGAAACAUUUAAAAAUUGUACAUUGCUAAACAAACUUUUGAACCCAUAUCAUGUUGUUCAGCCUUAAGAAAAAAGGAUUUUAUACAUGUUCUAACUAUUAUACAAAAAUGCAGAGGCUUAGUCUCAUGUGGAAUUGCUGUCAAUCUUACUUAGCAAAGUCAUUUGGUUUUGUUCUGUGCUCUUCUUUACCUCACUGCUGGAGCAGUGAAUUACUAUUUUGCUCAUUUAUGUUACAUUUUACAUUAUCCUGUGACAAAUACCAUUUAUUGACUUUCCAAAGUUUUCCUUAAGCUUACUUUAGUCUUUUAUUAAUCAUAUUAAACAUUAUUUGUAUUUUGUUACAAAAAAUAACAGUUCUGUAAUUUUUAAAGUUGUAUUGUGCAAAACAAAGAAUCAGAAUGUAUAAUUUAUAUUUUUAUACUAACUGCGCAAUAAAAUUGUUGCUGGUCAUAAACAUG